GGUUGUCUCUGAAGUGGGUGGUGGUUAAUAAUUGAAUUAUUAGUGCUAUAAUUUUAUUCAUGUUCACAUACUGCUAAAGCGUUGCUCAUGCACACGUUACAAUUCUGUAUAAUAAUAUGUUUUAUAAACACAGAAUAAUAUAUACACAGAGGAAAUAAUAGUUUUCAUUUUCUGAAUACACAAGUGUUUUGUGACUUUUGGAUGGUAGUUUGUGAAUAUGCAGUCUGUACAGGAAAAACAAUCUAUAAGUACUUAAGUGUUUGCGAUUAUGAAGUGAAAGACGGAAAUUAUUAAUCAAAAAGUCAUUGACUUUCGUAAUUAGAGAUGAAAAAAUAUAUAUGAUAUAUAUGAUAAAUAUAUCUACAUAAAAUUGACAGUCAGUUUCUCAUCAUGAAACAGGAGGAAAAAUGUCAUCGAAAAACUAUUUGUGUAAUGUCACGAAAUAAAGAAAUCGGAAUAAAAAAGAUCAUUUAGUCAUAAUGAAUGGUGUACAUGUUAGUGAUAAGGAAGAAAAUGUAUAAGCUGCUUUUUCUGAAGUGACUGGAUGAAACUUUAGAAAAUGGUUAUUCAGUGCAAGUAGAAGAUGUAGCUCGUUAAUAAUUCAAAAAUAUUCUGGAUUAAAAAAUGUCCGCUUCGGAAAAAAUUCAGCGGAAUAAGAAAUCUGUGGGAUUUGAAGAUGGAACUAAGGUAUCGCCUCGUGAGUCGAGAAGUAGGUCACGUGGAAAGAUACGUGACCGUCGUGCAAAAUCUAUGGAUUUACGAGGGAGUUUCAGUGGUGAAGCUGAACCGAGGAAAAGGGACCGUAGUUUAAUAGGUCUUGUGAGGCAGGGCUCGAGGAAAUCCGUAACAAGUCUCGUUAAGCUAUUUGAAGCAGGGAAAAGCCUUUAUAUGACCGAAGGCCGAAAAUGUCAAAUACUAUUACCUGACGAAAGACGUUUAGAACUCCUUAUUCAGCCAAAACUACUGACUUGGGAAUUACUUGACAUUGUUGGGUCCCAUUUCAAGCUUAAAGAAAAAGAAUACUUUGGUCUAGCCUUUCAAGAUGACACGGGUCAUUUCCAUUGGUUACAACAAGAUAAGAAAGUGUUGGAGCAUGAGUUACCUCGCAAACAGGGCUCCAACUUAGUGAUAUCAUUCCUAGUUAGGUUUUAUAUGGAAAGUAUAACUCUGCUAAGAGAUACUUCGACUGUUGAACUUUUCUACCUCAAUGCCAAACAAUCAGUAUUUAAG